AGAUUAAAAACGCGCGGAGUUCUGGGAACCAAUACCGAAGCGCGGGAAAGAUGGCGGAGAAAUCAUUGAUGACAUUGUAGGGGAUUUCCUCGUGUAAACAUUUCAUUCAGUAAUCGAUCGAUUCUAAGAUGUCUUCCAUCGAAAAGUUGAAGAUUACGGGAAUUCGCAGCUAUUCUCAUGCAGAUUCUGCUAUUAUUGAGUUCUUUAAGCCAUUGACWUUAAUAGUAGGUGCAAAUGGCGCUGGUAAAACGUCAAUUAUYGAGUGCCUCAAGUAUGUCACUACUGGUGAUAUGCCACCGGGAAGUAAGAACUCUUACUUUGUACACGACCCUAAGGUUGCAAAUGAACAAGAAGUCAAAGGACAAGUUAAGUUGAUGUUUACAGACACAACUCAGAAAACAGUUGUAGUUACAAGRACAUUGGUAUCACAGCAAAAGGGUAAAAAAGUUGAGACAAGAAGUUUAGAAAGUGUAAUCAAGAGAGAUAUCCAAGGAGAAAGGAGAAGUCUAAGUUCAAGGUGUGCUGAAGUUAACCAUGAAAUGAUUACACAUCUUGGAGUUUCUAAAGCUGUUCUUGAGAAUGUGAUUUUUUGUCAUCAAGAGGAAUCUAAUUGGCCUCUCAGCGAAGGAAAGGCUUUGAAACAGAAGUUUGAUGAGAUAUUUGCUGCCACAAGAUACAUCAAAGCUUUGGAAGCCAUACGCAAGCUCAGACUAGAACAGAGCAAAACAGUUGGAUUGUGUGAGGCAGAACUCAAGUACUUGAAGGAAAACAAGGACAAAGCACAGGAGAUUGCUGAAGAACUAGAAAAACGAGAGGGAAAAGUAGAAGCAACMAAGGAUUCCAUCUUGAAAAUAACAAGUGCYUUACAACCUGUUGAAACGCGUAUGGUUGAAAUAGACUCUGUCAUUCAAGAGGUCAAUGAGUGUACAAAAGAGAUAGAACUGUUGAUGUCUAAAAAGGACCAGUUUUUCAGCAUAGGACGAGAACUUGAGGAUAAGAUCAAUGAUGUGUUUACUGGUUCAUCAGAAGAGCUGCAGAGGAUCUACAAUGAAUUCCAGAAUAAGAUUGGAGAAAAGCACAGUCUUUUACAUCAGAAUGAACAAGAACACCAGCGUCUAGUUUCAAAGCAACAAGAACUUACUAAGGAAAAAAGUAAUAUCUUACUUGAACAUGGCAAGCUGGAGCAGCAAGCACAGAGGCACAAGAGAAAUGUAGAGGACCGUGAUGUCAUGGUGGUCACUUUAGCUGGCCAUUACAAGGUUCCCAGGUAUGACAGUGCUCCAUUGACUGAUACAAAAGUAGAUGAAUUUGUAGAAGAACUAAGAAGAAAAUACACCAUCAUUAUUGAAGACACCAAACAACAAAAACAAAAGUUCAAGGAACAAAUAGAUGCAGCUCAGAAGAAAGUUGACGAUAUCAGGAGAACACAAGCUGAGUAUGGAGAAACAAUAAGACUGAAGAGAAAUCUGAUGAGAGAUAAUCAGUCAGAGCUCAAGUCRAUUGGUCAAGAACUUAGUAAUGUAGAUGCUUCAGCAAACAGACUUAAGUCCCUUGAAACAGAGCUUCAAAGAGCAGAAAAAGACUUGAAAGAAGCCAAGGAACAAGGCAAUGUGGAUGACAUGAAUGCAGAAAUAGAAAAACUACAGAAUGAUAAACGUCAAGUUGACAGUGAACUCAGUAGAYUAAGGGAAGAGCARCAAACUAUGCACUUACAGUCAACCACACAAGCAAAACUAGACAUGUURRUCAAGGAAAAGACAGAAAAACAAGAYAAAAUACAAAAAUUAAUGGACAAGCAUGAAGAAGACAUUAAAACAUAUCUUGGUGGCACUCGUACCAGUGAAAGUCUAACAGGAAAACUAAAGCAGUACAUCAAAUCAAAAGGAAAAGAUCUSCAAGAAACAAGAAAUAAAAUUCAAAGACUGAAACAGGCACAGUCUGCAAAGAAUGCCAACAAGAAAAACAUUGAGGAUUUACUAGAAAGAAAACAAGAACAAGCCAACACAUACAAGCAGCAGUUGAAGGAGGCUUGUGGUGACAAUGACUACAAUACACUCAAAGAAASUGUCAAGACMCAAAUAGAUGACUAUAGAGAUGACAAGAGUUUGUAUGCAUCUAUUGAAAGUAUCUAUAAGAAGUACAUUGAUAAACUACAGGAUGACUCAGUCAAAAAGGAAGGGUGUCCACUUUGUCAUCGUUGUUUUGAUUCAAACAAAGAAAUUAAGGCUCUGGUCUCAGAGCUAAGUAAAAAAAUCACUAGUCUCCCUCAAAAGAGAGCAGACAAUGAAAGCCGUUUGGAAAGAGAAGAGAUGCGYUACCAGAAGAUCUUGAACCUUGGACCAGUCAAAGACAAUCUUGAGAAGCUAGAGUCCACAGAGAUACAAGAAACUAAGAGCAGACUUGCUGAAAUCUCAUCUGAYAUUGAACAAACAGACAUGAACAUCACAGAGCUUGAAGAUGUSUUAAGUUUGACAGAAAGUGAAGAAAUAACAGUGAGGCAGAUGGAGCCUGACUUACGAGAAGCUGAAAGUUUGAAACACGGACUWUUAGACCUAGAUAGAAAUAUAUCUCUGUAUCAGUCCAAAUUACAUGGAAUAGCUCCAGGACGUACAAUGCAGGCUGUAACCAAUGAAAUCAAUGACAGACAAGAUCGCUCGGAAACACUUGACCGCCAUAUUGAUCGGCGUCGGAGAGCACUUACACAAUUACAGAGAACCAUAUCGACACAGGAAUCCCACUUGAAUGAAUUGAAAUCACAAAAGUUGGAGUUAACACAGCAGUUACAGAAAAGAACUAAUUUAGAAGGACAGAAAGCUGAAUUGAGCGCAAGAAAUGAUGCUUUGGAGCGAGAAAUUAAGGAAGCUGAGUCUCAAGCCAGACCUAUCCAGGAAAUGCUUAACCAAGAAGAAAACAACAAGCAAGAGAUUGUCUCUGCUAAGGAGGCCAUGGAAGAUGAAAAUAGAAAAAUGUUAACCGAAAUAAGAACCAAUGGAGACAAACUGAGAGAAAAGAUCAGUGAAAUAAAGAGGUACAUUARUGAAGGCAAUGAAUCAGCCUUACAGGACAACGAAGAAAGACUAACUAAUCUAGAGAAUAGAGAAGUACAACUUUACCAGAGAAAAGAGUCUGUGACACAAAAAAUUGACACACUCAAAGARGACAUYGCAAAACAAGAGAUCAAAGCACGUGACCUUGAAGAUAACAUCAAUUUAAAGAGAACCCARCAAGACAUUAAGGAYAUGGAAGGAAAGAUUCACUCGGCUGAAGCUCAUUUAAGACAAUAUGGAGACCAGCGAAGUCUAAACAGUGAAAGAUUGACACUCCAACGUCAGUCCCAUGACAUGCGCAAAGAGAAAGCCCAACUAGAAGGAAGGCAAAAGGGUUAUGAAGAUGAAAUAAAAAGAUUUCAAUCUGAACUUCGUAGCAAUCAGUAYAGGAAUGCAGAAGACAAACACAGAGAGAAAGUAAUUGAGAUGAAGACUACCCAAAUGGCAAGUGUUGACCUGGACAAGUACUACAAAGCAUUAGACAGGGCCAUUAUGAAGUAUCAUGGUCUCAAGAUGGCUGAGAUCAACAAGAUUAUUAAAGAGUACUGGAUCAACACCUACAAGGGAAAUGAUAUUGAUACUAUUGAGAUAAGAUCUGAUGAAGAGGAGGGUAGUGGAGCAAGUAAAGCUAGAAGAACCUACAAUUACAGGGUCGUCAUGAUUAAAGGAGAUACUGCUUUAGACAUGAGAGGAAGAUGCAGUGCUGGUCAAAAGGUUCUUGCAUCACUAAUCAUAAGAUUGGCUUUGGCUGAAACCUUUUGUUUGAACUGCGGUAUCUUUACAUUGGACGAACCUACGACYAAUUUAGACGAGGAUAACAUCACAAGUCUUGCUGACCAAUUAGCGAGUGUGAUACGCACAAGGCAUGCGCAAAAGAACUUUCAGCUUAUUGUCAUCACACACGACGAGGGUUUCGUUGAUAUUCUUGGUCGUGCUGACUUUGUCGAYCAUUACUACAGAAUAUAUAAAGAUAACGAAGGAAAUUCAAGGAUUGCAAAAAAUARCGUCGCAUCGUUAAACCACCGAGAAGAAUCCUACCUGUCUUGACUAUUCCCGUCAGGCUAAGGAGAUGUUUUCAAUUGAUAUCUUUCCAACUGUGAUGAUUCAUGAAAUUGUAUUUUAGGAGUAGUUAGGCCUGAACCUGAUUUAGGUGAAAUGAUUUGUUAAAAACAGAUAUAUAUUACAUGUUGUUGCAAAAAAUACUUACAAAAAUA